UCCAUCUCUCACGGCUCCGGGCAGGGAAAGGACUGUCCUGCCCCGUUCCUCUGGCGGGAGGGGAGAGCGUGCCGACGGCCACAGGAGAGCAGCAGAGGGCCUGCCCGGCAGGACGGGCCGAGCUCUGAUCUCAGCCGCUUCCCCAAAAGCGCCCUGAAACUAAUCCUGAUAUCAGUCUCGUUGCAAAACAUGGUGAGGGAUUUCUGUGGGAAGGCAGGACCUCGGCCACUUCCUCCAGCAGCCUCAGCGUGAGGCGGGAAGCCACGCAACGCAGCCGCUUCCCAACGGGGCGCCGCCGGCAGCUCCCGGCAAUGCCCCUUCCCCGGGCUUGAGGAUGGCCAUGGAGCUGAGAGUCCUCCUCCUUCUGCCACUCUGCUGCCCAGGCCUCCGAGCCCAAACCCCGGGUGCCGAGGAGAGCCGGCGGGAAGGAAGCACUCUCUCCGUCCAGUGUCUUUACACACCGCAGGCCCCCUUCCCUUCACAGAAAGCCUGGUGCCGAGUGAAUAACGGAAUCUGCGAAGCCUUAGUGGGGACAACUUACUCAACACUUAAUACGUACAUAAACGAGGCCACACAGGGCACAGUUACAAUAGAAGAUGACGUCAAACGUGGGGCCAUUUCCAUCACCAUGAAAAACCUCCAGGUGCAGGACUCCGGCACAUACUCCUGUGCUUCCCAGCGUAACACCAACACACUCUGGCUGCUAAAGACAAUCUCACUGAACGUUUUCAAGGAGUUACACAGGUGGGAGUUGGACUCGCUGUCUGUGCAGUGCCCAUACAAUGCCCAGACGCCCAGCACAACACCGAAAGCCUGGUGCCGAAGGCAAGGUCCCACUUCGUGCAACACCGUGGUCAGCACAAAUUACCCUUCAACACGGCAGUACACCCAGCAAAGCAGAACCUCGAUCCGGGACAACACCCAGGGCAAGACUGUCACCAUCACCAUGCAGAAGCUGCAGCAACAGGACUCUGGUGUGUACUGGUGUGUGCUCUACACACAGACACAUCGCACCCGAAUAAUGGAAGUCAGGCUCACCGUGUCCAAGAGGACUCAACAAUACACAGCCAGGGAGUCGGACACGCUCUCUAUCCUGUGUCCGUACAGCCCCCGAGACUACGGGGCAGUGACGAAAGCCUGGUGCAAAGUGGGAGCUGGGGAAGAAUGUGCUGUCCUGGCCCGCACAGACCGGCAGCCCUCCGGGCAUCGCAGGACAGCUCAGCCAGGCACAACCACCAUCCAGGACGACAGCCAUAGGGGGAUAGUCACCGUCACCAUGGAGAAGCUGCGGGCAGAGGACUCUGGCGUGUACUGGUGUGCACUUUACGAACACCCUCAUCUUUUCCGAAUAGUGGAGGUUACACUCAAUAUCUCUAACGCUUCAACUGAAACAACUUUGUCAGUUACUGCAACCACAAGUCAAACAACUCCUUCGGCCAACGAUGCCAGCUUCACGACCACUGCACCGUCGAAAAGCUCCAGUGUAAAUAUCUUCAUCCUCCUCUCUGUGGUCCUGGGCAUCCUGCUCAUACUGGCACUUAUCAGCAUGAUAACACUGUACAUCAAGAAGUGCAGACGAGGUAACAGACAAGCAGAAGACAUCUAUGAAAAACCAGAGGACACAGCACAGUUUCAGAGCACUGAAAGAAUGGGAAGUCCCAGGAAUGACAGCAAUGACCUAAAAUAUGUUACCCUGCACUUUACAACCCCGCUCAGCCCUGAGGAACCUCUCUACGCUAAUGUUGGACCAAGUCAGGCUCCCAGGAAACCCAAAGCUGAAACUGUGGAAUACGCUGACAUUGCACUCAAGGAAUUACCGACGAAUGACAAAGGAUGAAGCACAGGACUCAAACAACCCAGAAAUGGGAGAAAAGAAGUGGAACACAGAGAGGGAAUGGGGAGUAGCUGGUAUCUGCAAGGACACGGGGAAAAGAGCUAAGGUUUUGCUGCCAUGUAUAGCCUGCAUAUGCAUUUUGAGACCUCUCUCCUAUGGGAGACCAGUAGCGAUUUUUGUCACUGCUGUGCAGAUUCUCUCAGGUCAGAGAGAAGUGCUGGGUAACUCUCAGGACCCCUUGCACAUCAAUUUUCUUGGAUUCUAUUAAAAUGCAGAUUCUUUUGGAGAGGCAGGUGUGGAGCAGUGACCUUUUUAAAAAGAGCAGUACUUGCCUGGCUGCGGGUGGGUCUGUAUUUCAACUAUGUUCAACGGUAGAAGCUCUACCCUGCUUCUAAUGGUUCAGCAA